UACCCAGUUGGUUCUCAAAAGGAUCAACAGGGAACUGUCAGUAGCUUCCCAUAGCUGCUAGCCUCUGGACGCCCAUCUAGUUAAAAGAAUCCAGAAAGAGGAGGACCUUAGGGGGGAUGAUGGUGCUCCUGUUCCCUGUCAUCGUUGCAUUAACGGUGAAGCACAGCGAUGCCCGUUAACGGGAACACAAUUUAGGACUAUAAAGUGGCCACUGCACCUGGUGGAAGAGCGGUUUUGUUGUGCCGUUCAGGCUCUCCAGCAAUGUCUAUCAGAAGCUGAUGGGACGGGGCAGCAAAUGCCCCUUGAGAAGAACGUGGCUGGCCUGAACAGAAGAUCAAUUUUUAAAGUAUAGAUUUCAGCUCCGUAAUGAGCAAAUGCUGAUCACCUGUUCAUGGAAAAGGAGAGAGAAACCUAAUUUCAUAGUUACUGGAGCAAGAAGAGAAUCAGAAAAUUAGAUCGAAAGGGACUCACUCUCUGAGAUAUUUCCGCCUGGGCGUUUCAGAUCCUGGCCAGGGGGUACCUGAGUUCAUUUCAGUUGGCUACGUGGACUCUCACCCUAUCACCACGUAUAACAGCGUCACUCGGCAGAAGGAGCCAAAGGCCCCAUGGAUGGCAGAGAACCUCGCGCCCGAUCACUGGGAGAGGUACACGCAGCUGCUGAGGGGCUGGCAGCACACGUCCCUGGUGGAACUGAAGAACCUGCAGAGGCACUACAACCACUCAGGGCUUCACACUUACCAGAGAAUGAUCGGCUGUGAGAUGCUGGAGGACGGAAGCGCCACGGGAUUUCUCCAGUACGCAUAUGACGGACAGGAUUUCCUAGUCUUCAAUAAAGACACCCUCUCCUGGAUAGCUGUAGAUAACGUGGCCCACAUCACCAAGCAGGCGUGGGAGGCCAAUCGGCAUGAGUUACAGUAUCAAAAGAAUUGGCUGGAAGAAGAAUGCAUUGCCUGGCUAAAGAGAUUCCUGGAGUAUGGCAAUGACACCCUCCAAAGAACAGAACCCCCACUGGUCAGAAUAAAUCGCAAAGAAACUCUUCCAGGGAUUACAACUCUCUUCUGCAAAGCUCAUGGCUUUUACCCCCCAGAAAUUUCCAUGGUCUGGAAGAAGAACGGAGAAGAAAUUGUCCAAGAAAUGGAUUCUGGAGACAUUCUUCCCAGUGGGGAUGGAACUUAUCAGACGUGGGUUUCAGUUGAGCUGGAUCCUCAGAGCAGUGACUUUUACUCCUGUCAUGUAGAGCACUGUGGCCUCCACAUGGUUCUUCAGGAAUCGGAAAGUAUCCCUUUGGUGAUGAAAGCUGUCUGUGGGUCCAUUGUUCUCGCCAUUGUCCUGGCUGGCGUUGCUCUUCUAGCUUGGAGAAGAAGGCCCCGAGAGCAAAAGGGAGUCAUCUACCUUCCUCCACUAGAUCGAUGACUGCAGAUCCUUCCUUUCCAGUCCUUUUUCCUCUAUGAACCGUGGUCUCUUCUGUCCCCCAUAGACUCAACACCAGUCCUCGAAGCUCUUGACCACACUUGCAACAUACAUGGGUAAUGCAGGAUUGAGCAUUUAUGGCAGAAAGAUCGGAGCCACAAAAUUUUCUUUGUCCUUUGACGCCAAAAAGACUGUCAGCUUUCAUGCUCUUUUGAUGGACUCCUUUAUCACAUGUGGCUUUAAAUACAGCUUGUCUCGUGCCACACACUUCCCUACAUCCCAUUUGUCAAUGAUGAUUUAUGAAUAGAUUAGAGAUUCUCAGAGCUGGAGGGAAUCUUCUCAUCUAGAGCAGAAAUGUCUUCUACAACACCUUUGACUUGAGCAUCCAGCCUCCACUUGAACGUGAAGGGCACUUCAAUAUAUCAAAUUAAUGAAACAGCCUUGCUCAUUUGUCUUCUUUCAUGAGAAUGUUUAUUGGGCAAGAGCUUUGAAUAUUGUGGGUGCCUACAGGUAGAGUUGGACCACCCCAUGGGAGCAGCCAGCAAGUUUCUGCAACGGCCUAUGAAUGACUUGAUUAUUUUACACAUUUUCUGGCCUGAGAGAAAGAAAAACUGCCCUGCUCUUCAUGGCAACCCCGCUUGGUAGCUUGGAAUCUUGGAAAUAUGCCUGGUUGGAUCUAUGGAGGUGGUCUCACCCUUUUUGUCUCUUGGGAAAUUAAGAACAAUAAUUAUCAGACAAUAUUAUCACCUCCAGUGGAACUACAGAGACCUGGACCCAGCUGCAAUGUUUUAAUGUAAGAAUAAUAGUAUGUUUAUGUCUCAGAA